UGCUCAUUCGUAGGAAUAGAAACAUGUCUAGAACUGGCAGUGCCCUUCACGAAAUAUUUCAACGGACGUUUGCGACUGAAAAUAAAGUUUGACAAAUAUCUCGACUACAUCGUGGAAACGGAGAAGGAAGUUUAUAUCGAGCACGAUUCCCUAAUCACAUUUGUCGAGACAGAUAAGCCGGUCUAUAAACCCGGGCAAGAUGUGAACAUUAGAAUCCUCAUACUCAAGCACGACCUGAAGCCAUGGAAGAAAACGAUACCAAAAGUAUGGAUUGAGAAUCCAUCCGAGGUACGAGUGGCACAGUGGGCUAACGUCAGUACCGAAAAUGGAAUGGCACAACUAAAAUUCGCUCUAUCUCCGGAACCAAGUCCGGGUGCCUGGAAAAUUAAAGUGGAAAAGAGGAGAUCGCAACCGCAAUUGGUCCAUACAACCGUGUUCGAAGUAAAGAAAUAUGUCCUUCCCAGAUUCCAAGUGACCAUAACUUCACCGGGAUACAUUCUCGCGGAUGCGGAGAACGUUACGUGGAACAUAUGUGCUAAAUACAGUUAUGGCAAACCGGUCAAGGGUAAAUUACUCUUGAAAUCGACGCCUCAAAUACCGACAUGGAGACGGAAGCCUAAUCUCCCGGAAAUACAUUAUGAAACGGAGCUGGAUUCGCCAGAUGGUUGCACCGAAUUUGUUCUAUCGGGCGCGGUGCUUGGGCUUGCUCAAUGGAAAGUGGCACCGAACAAUAUUGUCCUCAUAGCUAAUUUCACCGAGACCGGUACCGGCAUAGUAGAGACGACGAUUAGUCGAACCGUAGUCGUGCAUCAGGCCCUAAAACUGGAAUUCCUGCCGUACACGCCGAAAUAUUUUAAACUAGGUUUGCCAUAUCACGGAAAGUUACGUGUCUCGCGGCACGACGACACCCCGGCACCGCACGAGAAGAUUCAACUCUGCGUGCGAGUACGUGGUAAGGAUGAAUGGCUUCGCGUGGUGGUUGAAUGCCGCAACUUCACAUCUUCGUCCGACGGUUUUGUCGACUUCGUCGUACCACCACCGCAUAGGAACAUCGUCCUGCUGAGUUUCGUCGCGACCGGUGUCGACUAUCCCACGAAAUACUAUUCGCCGGAUACGCGUUGGCGAGUCUUCAUGGAUCAACCGUCGGCGCAUAUCGAAGUGAAUCCUUGGUACUCACCAUCAGAUAGCUAUUUGGCGGUAGCCCGAGGUUAUCAACCGAUCGUUUGCGGUGAAAAGUACUCGUUCAACGUCAUGUACACGGUGCCGGCGAAAAGUAAAACCAACGAGUCCAUUUCCUUUCAUUACUCGAUCAAUUCCAAGGGGGACUUGUUAAUAUAUGGUCACGUGAAACACCGGCCGACCAGAGAUACGGUCUUGAAUUAUUCGGAAUUCCGGAAUUUGUUAGGUGCCGUCGAAUCACCAGGAAAUAAGACGGAUCAGGGUACCAUCGCUCAUAGAUUCCCCCUCAGCGUCAAGAUCACCCCGUCAAUGGCACCUGUCUCUGAAUUGUUACUAUAUUACGUUCGUUCGGACGGCGAGGUUGUCGCUACCACGUAUUCCAUCAAAGUCGGACACUGCUUCGAGAAUAAAGUGAAGACCGCCUGGCAUACCGACGCUCAGACCCCGGGAACAGCCACUCAGUACCACGUGGAAGCCGCCCCCUGGUCUCUCUGCGGUAUCUCGGCAGUCGACAAGUCGACUCGUUUCUUAGCAGGAGCCAAAGCAAACCUGAUCGACGCUGAUCAGACUUUCACGCAGCUGAAGAGAUUCCAUAUCGAGCCAGAGCCACGUCCUAUUUGGACGUGGACUCAUUGCAAAGUUGCAACGCACGAAGAAACAACCAACACGGAAUUCGAUCAUUUGCCACUUCCCGCUUUUGAAGAGUCACCCGCAUGGGCACGCAAAAGGAGAAGAAGAACGGUGUACAACGGCGCGCUUGUGAAUUACGUGGACGCCAUACAAGCGUUCGAUGACUUCGGAGCCGUCGUGAUGAGUGAUCUGAUACUCGAAACGCGGCCUUGCCAUCAGCUUCGCAGAGGUAGAGGCAGGAGUAUGAACGUGAGCCUGAAAAGCAUGGCCCCGAUUCCUUUCCUCUCAGCGUCCGCGGAGCUGGAAACGGAUGCUGGAAUGUUUAAAAUGGCGAAGACACUACCUAUGGCGUAUCCAUUAUUAAAUGUGGGGCCCGAACAGGGAUAUAUGGAUCAAGUACCCGAUCAACCUGCUCUCAGAUCUUACUUCCCCGAAACAUGGCUGUGGGAAUUAGUGCCGACAGGAAAAGAAGGCAAAGUGACGGUGGAACGUACUUUGCCUCAUACCAUUACCGAUUGGGUUGGAUACACCGCGUGUAUUUCACCUACGCACGGUCUCGGAAUAGCAUCACCGACAACCAUCACCGGAUUCCAGCCGUUUUUUCUCGAUUACAGCUUACCAUAUAGCGUGAAACGCGGAGAAAUGUUGCGCAUGAAGGUUUCCUUGUUUAAUUACAUGCAACACAGUUUACCGGUAAGUUGCGACAGUCGCGAGCAUUCGACAUUCGUUUCACUCUCGUUCCACUAUCUUCAAGCACACCACGUAAAAUUUUCAUAAAAUUCAGUAUUAAUA